AUGAAGAUAUUAUCGAUACUAUCAUUAGUUUCCAUGAUAAUCUACGGUUAUGAUGUAACUGCAGCUAUUUUGAAGCCACAAGAGUCACCAAAGUAUUCUCCAGACAGCUCCACCAGUUCCUCAAGCCACCAUUUCAUUCUCCGUGCUACUAUUGCUACUAUACAUUCACCACAGUAUUCUCCCGACACCUCCAUCAGUUCCUCAAGCCACCCUUUGAACCGUCGUGCUACUAUUGAUGAACUAUCCAAAUUCGUUGAACAAAUGCACUCAAUCUCCAGCCUUCUAACUGGAAUCUCACUUGAACGAGGCCUCCUGAGCAAUUCAAUUCCAGUCGAUGAGCUCAUCUCGGAGCUUCUUAACUUUGGAAACCUUACCUCUGCUCAAGUACAAGGGAUUGAUCCAGCUAAGUUAACAGGAAUGGUUGAAAAGAUCAAUGCAUUGUCGAAACCUAUAUUGCAUGACAAUUUGGAAGCUGUCGAGAAACACUUUUUUGGGCUCAGUUCCAGUGCUCAGAAAGUCAAGGGGUUUAAUGGGAAAUUGGAGAUUCCAGCCAAUAAUCCUUACCUGAAGCUGGUGGAAGGUUUUAAUAAGUCGUACCAUGAAUUGGAUUUCUCACUUCUGACAACUUCCCCCAAUUCGUUUUUGACCAGCAUAAAGAAUUUGAAUGGGGCACCGGAGACAGUACUAAAAUUAUCAAGUCUACAUGCUAUAGAAGAUUUCAUUGAAAGUUUUAACACGGCCAAUUAUUCGACAUUCGAUCAGUUCUGUGGAGAAGAUGUGCUCAAGAUAAUUGACAACCCAUUUCCAAUCCUUGUUGCUACUUAUGCAGCGUUUAUGGAAUAUGUCAAUAUUUCUCAAGUUUCAAUUAACGACGCUGCUAUAUUGGCAUUUGCAACAAGUGUCGACACCGUAGGAAAUGCAUCAAAGGAAUUGAACGAACAAGCUCAGAGUUUGCUUUAUGUAAACAAAAUGCUAGUCGACCGUCAUCAAGUGCACGGAAAUUCUGUCUUCAAGCACACGAAAGGCUAUUUGAUCGGUUUGUUGGAUAUCAUCAGAAUUUCCGCCGACAUUGAAAACAAAUGGGCGAAUGAUGCAGUUGAUGGUCAAUGGAAUAACAUUGCAAAUGCAUUGACGAUUUUGAAUGAUCUUGAUAAUGCUCUUAAAGCGGUGGACUCUUUCUUGGGAUUUCGUUCAGAUAAGGCAUCUACUGAGAUUGUACAAUUUCAGUCGCUCUCUUCGAAACUGGGAAAACUGUCAGCCACUACCAGUAUGUUAUCGGAAAAGGUCAAGGAUAUUAAGGUUGAUGCGUUGCCAACUGGGAAUGAUGUAAACAUGGUUUCUUUUGAAAAACUCAUGUCCGAUAUGGAUAAGCUAUCAUUGAAACUCAAGGCAUUACAUAAAGUGAGCGAAAAGUUGAAAAGCUUGAAACUGGAUAAAAAUAAGAAGCAUGUCGAUGCUGUUUUUGAAAUUGUGAAAGAUGUCAACAGCACUAGUGCGAAUGAAAAGUUUGCAAAAUUCAACAGUUCAAAAGACGUGACUUUCAUGAAUGAUAUUGUUUUGACUGCAAAAGAUGCUCUCGAUUUUCUCGAAGAUAGUUCUAAUCCGCCAGUUCUCAAAGUAAUCGCGGAAUCAGUGAUUUCGAGCUUGAAGAAUCAGAGUCUAAUAACUAUCGUCAAUGGAAUUUUCGACAAAAUCAAUGCCCUGAACACGAUUUCUGAGAUCCAGCACGUACAACCAGUGAUCAAUGCAAUUCGUUUUUACCGUGAAGCUACGAAAGAGCAGCUCUCACUUGAUUCAGUUGCCAAGAUACUGCCAAAUGUCAAAAAGGAGCUGACUAAAUUCACAAAGUUUGUGAAUGAGAAAAAGAAAAGGGCGAAUGUGACGGAUCCGGAUGUACUUGAAGAGCUGAAAACGACUGUUACUCAACUAUCGGUGCUUGGACCAGCAACACGUGGAAUCUUCAAUAUGAAUAUGGCUUUGCAAAUGAAGGUUAAUGUGAGCACAGUGAAAGAUCUCAGUGGAGUUGUCAAAGAUGAGAUGGCAAAGGUUAAAUUGGAUCCAGAAGAAUCUGAAAGUCUUGAUUGGAUUGGGUGA